UGUGAUGAUUUAACUUAUUAUUUUGGAUCAUUAUUUGUAUUUAUGUUAGGACCUUUAUUUAUUUUCUUACAUUAAUGACACCGUUUUAAAAAGGAAGUUGUGAGGCGGAACGUUUGUGUUCGCUUCAGUUGCUCCGGGGAACGGUUGAGAGAGCGCACGCUUCCGCUGUUUCCUCAGAAGCAAUUUGGCGCGAAACAAGAUGCACCGUCUCCUCAUUGUUUACUCUUCUACCUGCUUAAUACAGGUCGGUAAACUGUAAAUAAACUAUUAUUAUAUACUUUACAAGGUCUAAAGUGGCCUGACAAUAGAAGAGUGUCUCUCAGGGCUAUGGUGAAUAUUUAGGAUGAUUGUGUACUAAUGUGUUUACUGAUGUGUUUAUUGGGUCUCAGGCACUUUAUUAAUAGUGACUGAAAGUUAUAAAUUGAAUGUAAGUUGUUAAUUACACUAAAGUAUGUUUUGUUCAUGUAGCACAGCAUUUUCUUGUUUAUAUAUUUCUGAAUCCUGUAAUUAUUACAGAAUAGCGCCUGGAGCGCCGAACUGAGCCAGUUGGCAUAUUGGCAUAGUUAAAGGGGCAUUGUGUAAAACUGCUGAAUUGCUCUAAAUGAGUAUAAUACUGUCUAAACCAGUUAAUUACUGUGAGAGAAGAAGUAUUUUAAGACUCAAGAUGUUUAUUUAAAUAUGAAAAUGGAUGUUCAUCACAGAGAGAGUAACUGACCAAGUGAAUGUGUGUUUUAUUGAGACUGUGAAAAUACUGAAGUAAGUAAUGGACUUUAAUGAAGAGUAUGGAAAUACAGAUAACAGAAAUAUGUUGUGUUUAUGGCUACAUGUGUUGAGUGAGUGUAAUAAAACAGAAGCAAUUUGGCGCGAAACAAGAUGCACCGUCUCCUCAUUGUUUACUCUUCUACCUGCUUAAUACAGGUGACAUUUCUGUUACGGUGACACCCGUCCCUGGGACCCGUAACAGAUCUUGGGGGCUCGUCCGGGAUCGGCGCCACUUCCUAGUCUGGGGCUGAUCCAUUGAUGAUAUCUGGGACCAAUACAAGGGCUGAUGAGAGCCGUGAGCUGGAGCAGUGACUGAGCCAUUGUGGAACGGAGUGACCUACUGUGAGGGAAGGGAAGGAGCCACUGCCAUGUCGGAGAGCGAGAGGAAAAGCCUAGUGUGGGACAUUAGGAAAAGCCUACUCACCCUGUCAGCGGAAGGGCUCUUCCACAUUGCCAAGGAAGUGGGUCCAGUGUCCGGCUUGGACUGGUCUGAGCUCCAAAAGGGAGACCAUGAGGGCUGCUUCGACUACAUCAGCUCAUUCAUGUACAGUAAGCACUUGCUUGAGUCAGAGGACAGUGGGAUGGUUGAUUUGUUGAUUUUAAAGGAUGCUGUUGAUGCUGUUGUUAGUAACCGGGAUGUAACAGAUUUGCCAGAUUUAGAACCACACAAUAUACAGACAACCACGCAAACAGUACAUACUGCUCACACUACAGAUGACACCACCAAUCUAAUGUCCCAAGCCGUAGGCACAGCUAGCUCUACUGUCCCACUCAGUUCUGUUUUGCCUAGCAGUGAGGUUUUCACAACUAGCCCAGUGAGAUCAAGGUUAGCUAGUGCUGUAGCUGACACCACAAAUACUGAGUUACUGAAAAUGCUCACUAGCUAUGAGGAGCUUGGCAAAAAGCUUCGUCAAAGUAUGAUUGUACCUGAAACACAGUCACUAGAACACACCCCGCUGUUACCAGCACAGGCCACUAAGUCACAUAGUGGCUCAUCAUACAACAACUUUACAGAUCAGCCUGCCCGCGAGGGGAUGAUCUCCUUAAGAGACCUCUCCUACCUCCAGAGAAGAGAGUUUAAAGUGCAAGGGGGUCAGGUUGGUGAUCAAUCAUCAGACAUAAGCUACAAUAAUGUCUGUAAACAAGUGGAGGAAGGGAUUAAAGAAGGCUUCCAUGACACAGAGAUAGUUCGUGGUGUGCUCCGAAUAAUAAAACCUGGAACCUUUAAAGAUAUGCUCAUAAACAAGGAUGACCUGACGGUGACGGAACUCAAGGGGUUCCUCCAGGCCCACUUAAGGGAGAAAAACAGCACAGAGUUAUUCCAAGAGUUAAUGUGUGCCAGACAGGAUGAGAACGAGACACCACAACAGUUCCUUUACCGGGUAAUAGGGUUGAAACAAAGAGUCCUAUUCACAUCCAAACUGUCAGAUGCAGGCAUUAAAUACAGUGCAGCUACAGUUCAAGAUGUCUUCCUACAUACGGUCUACCAGGGACUAGGAUAUAAACACAGUGAUGUACGCAGAGAAUUAAAGCCCCUUCUGUCAAGCGGUGAAGUAAGUGAUGAAACAAUACUACGCCAGGUAAUGAGGAUCACUAGUGAGGAAAGUGAGAGACAGAAGAGGAUAGGUUCUUCUCGUCGGCAGACCACAACGAGCGCACACAGCGCGCAGUUUGAACCUAAUACAUUCCAAGAACGUAGCGACAAGCAAGAAAGUUCCACAUUCAAAACAAAGACGGACCCUAUUAAAGAGCUUGCAGCCAAAGUAGAUGAGCUCACAAGUUUAAUAGAGGCAAUGAGACAGCAACGCCAGCCACGGCCAGCAGACCCGGUGAAUCAGUAUUCUCAAAAUAAGGUGAGAAUGAAGAGAGAGAAACCCUAUGGGUGUCCAAAAUGUGUUGAACAAAACCGGCUGGACUGUAGCCAUUGUUUCUACUGCGGGGAGGGAGGACACCGGGCCGUAGGCUGUCUACAGAAACAAAAGAGCCAGGGAAACGCGAACCGGUCGCUGCAGUGGGGCGCCCAGUGAUCGGACCUGAAACGCAGUCCCAAACUGAGCCGUCUGGGGGGGUAAGAGCUCAAACCAUUUGUAAAAACGGGACAACAAAUCUUUCCUCGUCCAUUACCCAAGACGUAGCUAGUACACAGAGUAAUUACAAGCAAAGUGACUCCUCAGCUCAGU